GCUUCAUGUUAGAAUGAAAAGAAAUACCGCUGAAAUUCUACCUUAUGCAUUAUAUGUAUGAAAUCGAACGUUAUCUUUUUUAUGGUCCCCUUUCAUGAGAAAGCAAUCAAUACUUUUAUCAAUUUGCUGAAUGCUUAAAUAUAGAAAAUAUGCACGGUUAUUUCAUUUCAAAUAUUGAAGUGUAUGCACAGUAAGGACCAUGUUUAGAACAUUGUCGUGGUUUUUUGCUGCUCUCCUAUUUUCAGUCCAUUGUCUGCAAAGACAGUUUUGGUAUUCCAGAUUGUACAAAGAAGUGACCAACUCAUCCCUAGCCAUCCUUUAUGGAGAUGAUUGCAGUCUUGUUCAUUGUGCAGGACUUUGUUCUGGAGACGACUAUUGUAUGGAGUUCCUUUACAGCGAAAUAAGUAGACACUGUAUUGGACUUCACUGUGUAAAGAAGGACAAUUAUUUGUAUCAGUAUAUGGGCCCGGAAUCUUCACACAUGUUACGUUAUGAGAAAGAGUUUAACUUGGUAGAGUAUUUGGGUCACUAUUAUUUCUAUGGAGAGGAGAAAUUCACAUGGGAAGACGCCAAGCUGGAAUGCCAGAAAAAAUGUGCACACUUGGUUGAAAUUGAAACGAAAGAGAAAUCCGAUUGGCUUAUGACUAAAUUUCUUUUGAAAGAAGAUUGCGGUUAUAUUUUUGAAACGUGUACAGCUUGGACUGGACUAAACGAUCGUCACAUUGAAGGUCACUACGUGUGGGACCAUUCGAACACGUCCAUGGUCUUUACCAACUGGUACAAGUUCGUGCCAAGCAAGGGUGAUGCACGGGACUGCGUCGACAUUCUGAGGAAUGGUGAAUGGAACGACAGACCAUGCUCGUUUUUAAACGCAUUUAUUUGUGAGAAAAGUAUUCGGCAAUAAUAGGUAAAAUGGUGCGUGGAACCGCUCAUACAGAACAAUGUGCUUCUCUAAUGGACUAGAUAUAAGCCCAACAUAG